AUGGUGGCGGAUCAGGCGGCGCAGCGGUUACAGCAGAAGAUCCAGCAGCGGCAGGCGGAGCUGGAGCAGCUGCUGGCGCAGCAGCAGCAAGGGCAGAAGCAGGGGCAGCAGCAGCAGGGCAGUAAUAGGCACCAGCAGGUCCACAAGCAGGUUCGGAUGCAGGAACAGCAGCAGGAGCAGGAGCGUAAGCAUGUAUACAAGCAGCAGCAGGAUGCGCGGCAGCAGAUUCAGAUUCAGAAGCAGCAGCAACAGCAACAGCAGCAGCAGCAGCAGCAGCAGCAGCAGCAGCAGCAGACGCUGCAGCAGCUGCAGCAGACGCUGCAACAGGUCAAGAAGCGGCCCUGUCCGGACCAGAAGCCAUCCCACAGCCCGGCAUCCAAGAAGGCCGCCAAGAUCAGGGCCAGCCUCAGCGGCUCGAGCGCCGGCAGCACAGCCUCAUGCGCGCUGCUUGACCGCCCGGUGUCGCUGUCGUCGCCGACCGCCGUUGCAGGACGGGGGGCGCGGGCGCUGCCGGGUGCGGCGGGUCGGGGCGGUGGAGGGACCGUGCCGGCCAGCGGACGGUCGCUAAUGCUGCUUGAUAGACCCUUGGAGAAGGUGCGCAAGUGA